GCCACGCCGCGGCGGGAGAGCGAGCAGCCGGGCGGCGGCGUCCUGGAGACCCCCGAGAGAUGGAAGCGGCGCCGGCGGCGGCCGAGGCGGCGGCGCGCGAGGAGCUAGAUAUGGAUGUAAUGAGACCAUUGAUAAAUGAGCAGAAUUUUGAUGGGACAUCAGAUGAAGAACAUGAGCAAGAGCUCCUACCUGUUCAGAAGCAUUACCGACUUGAUGAUCAAGAGGGUAUUUCAUUUGUACAAACUCUUAUGCAUCUUCUUAAAGGAAAUAUUGGAACUGGCCUUUUAGGACUUCCACUGGCAAUAAAAAAUGCAGGCAUAGUGCUUGGACCGAUUAGCCUUGUGUUUAUAGGAAUUAUUUCUGUUCACUGUAUGCACAUAUUGGUACGUUGCAGUCACUUUCUGUGUCAGAGGUUUAAAAAGUCAACAUUAGGUUAUAGUGACACUGUGAGUUUUGCUAUGGAAGUAAGUCCUUGGAGUUGUCUUCAGAAGCAAGCAGCCUGGGGACGGAGUGUGGUUGACUUUUUUCUGGUGAUAACACAGUUGGGAUUCUGUAGUGUUUAUAUUGUCUUCUUAGCUGAAAAUGUGAAACAAGUUCAUGAAGGAUUCCUGGAGAGUAAUGUGUUUGUUUCAAAUAGUACCAAUUCAUCAAAUCCAUGUGACAGAAGAAGUGUUGACCUAAGAAUAUACAUGCUUUGCUUUCUCCCAUUUAUAAUUCUUUUGGUCUUCAUUCGUGAGCUAAAGAAUCUGUUUGUACUUUCAUUCCUUGCCAACGUUUCCAUGGCUGUCAGUCUUGUAAUAAUUUACCAAUACGUUGUUAGGAAUAUGCCAGAUCCCCACAACCUUCCAAUAGUUGCUGGUUGGAAGAAAUACCCACUUUUUUUUGGUACUGCUGUAUUUGCUUUUGAAGGCAUAGGAGUGGUCCUUCCACUGGAAAACCAAAUGAAAGAAUCAAAACGCUUUCCCCAAGCAUUAAAUAUUGGCAUGGGAAUUGUUACAACCUUGUAUGUAACAUUAGCUACUUUAGGAUAUAUGUGUUUCCGUGAUGAAAUCAAAGGCAGCAUUACUUUAAAUCUUCCCCAAGAUGUAUGGUUAUAUCAAUCAGUGAAAAUUCUGUAUUCCUUUGGCAUUUUUGUGACAUAUUCAAUUCAGUUCUAUGUUCCAGCAGAGAUCAUGAUCCCUGGGAUCACAUCAAAAUUUCAUGCUAAAUGGAAGCAAAUCUGUGAUUUUGGGAUAAGGUCCUUCUUGGUUAGUAUUACUUGUGCUGGAGCAAUUCUUAUUCCUCGUUUAGACAUUGUAAUUUCCUUGGUUGGAGCCGUGAGUAGCAGCACAUUGGCCCUGAUCCUACCACCUUUGGUUGAAAUUCUCACAUUUUCUAAGGAGCAUUACAAUAUAUGGAUGAUCCUGAAAAAUAUUUCUAUAGCAUUUACUGGAAUUGUUGGUUUCUUAUUAGGUACAUAUGUAACUGUUGAAGAAAUUAUUUAUCCUACCCCCACAGUUAUAGCUGGCACUCCACAAAUUUCCUCUCUAAAUCUGAAUUCAACAUGCUUAACAUCUGGUUUGAAAUAGUAG